GAAAACACCAAAAUACAAAAUAAACACGUGCCGCUCGGUUUGUUUUGCCCCGGGACGGUCCUUAAUUUGACUUUAGAUCUCUUUGGGCGAUCCCAGAUGAGCACCCAGAAGCUGGAGUACGACGCAGCCGUGGGCGGUCGCGUGACCCUACCGUCGCACGUGACCACGUACCACUACGCGGCCGGGGCGCUGCAGGAGAUCCGGAACCUGGUGGCCGACUGCCAGGAGACGACGCAGCGGAGCAGCAAGCUGAUCUUCCAGACGCUGCCCAAGCACAUGCGCCGCCGGGCGAUGUCGCACCACCCGAAGCGCCUGCCGCGCAAGUACCGCCAGGCGCACAAGUCCCAGAUGGGCAAGGGCGGCAACCAGCCCGUGAGUAGCAAACGCCCCUCGAGAAAGUACCGUCGGCGCCCCAAGAACCUGAUGCGGGAGUACGUGCGGCGGCAGAGGCGCCAAGUCUGGCUGGAGACGCACAUCUGGCACGCGAAGCGGUUCCACAUGGUUGACCGCUGGGGCCACCGACUGGCCUAUGCCAGCUGCGACAAGACCUACCGCGCCUGCUAUCGCGCCAGCUCGGAGCACUGUCUGCUGCAGGACAUCUCGUUUUACUGCUGCGUGGAGCUGCGAGGGUCCUUGGACCUCCUGCGGAAGGGAUUCGACCGGCUAACCAGUCCGCAGUGCGGGGUGGGAAUCACGGCCAGAACGUUUUUAAGUGGGCGACGCGAGGGCAGCGUGGAGCUGUUCAAGGACGGCCGCUAUCCGCAUGGAGGUCUGCAGCGGGCCAGCUUCAUGUGGCGGCCACGGGGGACAGAGGAGGACCAGGAAGAACACACGCUCUGGCUGUGGUUGCAUCCCAGUGGCGCCCAAGCCACUCUGGAGGAACUGAUCAGCGUGUUCCAGCUUAAGUCCACAAAACAACAAGUGUUGCCAUUGAAGGAGGAAGAGGAGGAGCAAAAGAUGGAGGUUGAGUCAGAGGAGUUGUCCAAGGGAAAGCAAGAGAAUCUCAGCGAGAAGAGCCAAGGCAAGGGCAAGUUACAACAGGAAAACUUCACGAAGAAGUCGAGCCAAAAUAACCUUCGCUUUUGGACACAAACAAAAGCCUUGGAACUACAGCCCAGUUACUCCAACUCCGAGAACACCCUCCGAUUGGUAGCGCUGCAGCGGGAGUUCAAUCGUUUCCGCUUGACAGGCCCCAGAGCGCAACGCGUUUUGCUUGCAAGCUUGCGUCCGUAUCAACAGGGGGAGCUCCAGGAUCAAGCCAACUACUGUCAGUCAGCCUUGCAGCUGAGCUCGCCCGCCGAACUGCUUUCCAACCUGGUGAUGGGCCACCAGGUGGUGGAUCCGCGCCUACAGCGACCGAAAAAGCGCACGAAAACAGAGGGGAAAGCGCCGCAGACGCUCUCCGCCGGCGAUCUUCUCGUGGACCAGCCAAAGAGUCUGCCCGAAAGUCCAUUGUGGAGCGAGGAGGCGAGGAAACGGCUGUCCCAGAACAUCAUGUCCACGCACACGUACGAUCAGCUGCGUCAACAGCAUGCCGUGGUGCCUGGUGCUCCCUGUGCCUUCGAACAGAAAAUGCAGGCGGUUCCUUUGAUUCUCGUUCAAAGACCGGGCUCCCAAGACCCCAGAUACAAAAGACUGGCCUACGGUUCCGGCUGGGAUGUGAUUGCGCCGGCUGGAUACGGCAUGGCGCUUUGGUUGACGCUCACCAUGUGGGGUGCAAGGCCGGGCGGGUUGAGGGAACUGGAUUCAGUGGCUAGGGAGGCGGGCGCCGAGAUGCAUUUGCCGGAUACAAUAGUAGGACUCCAGCAAGCUGCGGCUGCAGCGGAUGAGCACCGUGUCAGCUACUUCCGGAUGCCGCCCAAUAAGCGCACCAACUACCGAAGACUGGCGGUGGUCAGUCCGUUCAGUGCUCCCUGGAAGUACUUAGUGCGCGACUGGCGUCCACCUUCCAGUUCUGCCAGCGGACCAUCAUUCUAUGUGCUGCGCCAUCGCCAGCAGCUGGAGGAGAUUGCCGAGAGCAUUCGACAACGUAGACCGCUACCGGAGCCACUGCCCGAUGAGGCACUCGUGCAGAUCCAACUCCGGCUUGUAUCCCGUGGUUAUGUAAAAAGCAACGCCCUGAUUUGCCUGCCCACGGCAGUGGAUCACAUGCAGCGUUGGCGACAGAUUAAGCGCGUUGACCAGGCCCCGGUCUACGUUGAGCCACUGCAACCGGAUUUGAAUGAACAGUUGCGCAAGGAUCUGCGCCAGAGUCACAAGCUGAAGCUGAAGCGAUUACGGUCGGGGAGGGUGCGUGAAAAGCGGAAGCUUCAGGAGACUGCCACCCGUCGGGUUCACAUACGGCCAGCAAACACAGCCCAUCUGGUUCAUGCCCAGCUGCAGCAGAUGUGCCAGCUAUGGCUGCCGACCGAUCCGGCGGAGAUGCGCGACAGCGUGCGCCGACAAUGUAGCCGCCAAGUCUUCGGCUAUGUGAGCUCGGCCGGCUUCAGCUUUACGGAGGCCCUUGUCUGUGCCGUGGGAUACGUCACCCCCGCUGGUCUGCAGCAGCUCGUCGGGGAGCUGCCAAACUCCAGGGGUCACCAGAAACCGCCCCUAAUGUGCCUGCUGCGCGACCCGGAUAGCCGGGACUACCGCUGGGCCAGCUUCCAGAUCAAUCUGAAUGUGGCUAGUCCAGCCUUUUAGUCUUAUAUUAAUACUUCUAGUUGUUAGCCAACUAUCACUGAGUAUUAAUUACUAAGUUCUGCGAUGCUAAGUUUUCAAGAAAACCUGGCUUUAAAGCAAGGUGAACCAAAUCUAAUUUUACUUGGCUACUGAUUCGUAUACCUUUAAAUAUUUUUUAAAGUCUGCAUUUGAAUUUUGGCAAAAAAAA